CCGGAAGCAACUGCAUAAAGACGGAGACUGGGACCAGAGGCACCUGUCGCGUACUUUUAGACUUACGGACUCUGUUUCGUCUGUCCUGUUUUCUUUUAAUACUGCGUUCUCAGUGAUGCCUCCUAAAAAGCCUGCAGCGGGCUCUGCUGAUCCGCCCGUGCCGUCCUCCAGCGACGCCCCGGUGGAAGCGAAAGCGGAGUCGAAAUCAGAUGCCGCGGCGCUGCGCAAACUUGCAGCUCAUCCGUCCACAGCCGUUAUGGUGAAAGAGGCGCUGAAAGAGCUGGACUCGCGCAAAGGGGUUUCGUCCCAAGCGAUACAGAACUAUAUCAAACAAAAAUACCCCUCGGUGGAUCUGGUGAGGUUGAAGCACUUGGUCCGUAGGGCUCUGAAAAAAGGCAUCGAGAAUGGCACGCUGGUGCGGCCUGCCAACUCCAAUGUCACUACAGGCGCGACGGGAAAAUUCAGGCUGGCACCAAAAGUCAAGGAGCCAAAGGCAAAAACUGAGAACGUGGAUCCUAAUGUGCAAAAAGCUCCAAAACCAGCCAAGGAUGGAGGCCAGAAGCCCCCCAAAGCAGGUGCAACGAAGAAGAAAGACAGUGCCAAUGAAAAGGCGAAGUCACAGGAGAACGCAAAGCCUCCCAAAAAGUCAAAGAAAGAUGAAGAGGCUGCAACCUCAAAGGUUGCUCCAGCAAAAAAGCCUAAAGCUAAAAAAGCUGUGGAAAAAGGGGCUGGCAAGGGAGCUUCUGAUUCAACAGAGGCAAAGGCAGGAAAGGGCUCCCAAAGCAAGGCUGCUAAAGCAGGCAGUGAUGCCCCUGCCUCUAAAGCACCUGGGAAGCGAGGGAAGAAGACUGCAGAGUAAAUUUAUAAUUCUUAACUGAUGUUUUAUAUUGUUUUUUGUCUUGCAAUAAAAUCUUAACUUUUGGA